ACUGUCAUAUUUCGUGCCUGUCCUCAGGAUGUUUUAUAUUUGCAAAUAUUUUAACUGACAUAUUCUGAAGUUACUACUUUCUAUUUUUUAAACUCAAUAAUACUAAUAUUGUAUUUUAUUUGUUUAACAAGUAUGGAUGAUAUAUCCCAAGACGACGCAAUAUCAUCACAGAGCAAUGCGCAUCCAAUUCAUUGCCCCGUUUGUCUGGAAUCCUUCACCUGUGAGAAGUUACUUUAUAAACACAAGAUGACACAUUCCUCCGAUUUUCGAACAUAUGAAAUCGAACGGAAAAACCGAAAAUUCAAAGUACACAUACGAAUCUACACGUGUGAUAUAUGUGAGAAAGAGUUCAGAAACUUGACCAAUUACGAAAAGCACAGAAAGGUUCGACACACCAAAGAGGGAUAUAUUUGCCCGCAGUGUAGUAAAAUAUUUAAGGAUAUCAAAUAUAUGAAAAUUCAUAUGCGCACGCAUUCCGGCGAGAGGCCUUACCAGUGCGAACAGUGUUCCAAAACAUUCUCUCGAUCGAUUAUACUACGGCAGCACAUGUUGACGCACCAAAAAGUAGGAAGCCAUAAAUGUGAAUUCUGUGCCAAAUCAUACAAACGAAUCGAGGACCUGCAUCGGCACUAUGAAGUGCAUUGAAUUUAAAGAAAUAAAAUAAUUUCAGUUUAAGCAAUUUUACUUGAA